UUUACACAUCUCGUAGAUGUGGUACUCACGACCGAGUUCAAUAUCACUACCGCCAGGACACGCAGUCAACCGACCUGCCAACCAAGGAAGGUCCUACCCCUUACAUUCGGCGGCCCGAGCCGGGCAUGGCUAAAACCAAAAGCAUCAGACAGUCAAGGUUCGGGGGCCCCUCUCCGUUCUCACGCGUAAGCGGCUUCUCGUUCCUCCUCACCAUCUUGUAUCUCUCUUCCUCGUACCCUGGUAUUUAAUCCAUGAAUUGGUGCCCAUCCCACUCUACAAACGGAGCAUCCACUAAAGUCAGACACUUUUCCAUUUCCUUCGAACUCCAUUCCUAUGCAUGAGAACCAUGGCUCCUAAAUUUUACCAACAUGACGGCAAACCCAUUGAUCUUGACGAGAUCCAUGAUUACCUGAUCAGCCUGGCAUUCCGUGCUGGGGAUAUCAUCAACAGCGCUCUACCUACCGAUGAUAGUACUGGAUCAAAGAUGAAUUCUGCUGAUAUCGUCACUCGAUAUGAUAAAGCCGUUGAAACUAUGAUAUCCUCUGCCUUAAUGGAAAAAUAUCCAUCAUACCAGUUUCAUGGAGAGGAGACCUAUGACCCAGCCCAUCCCCUAACCGAUGCACCCACGUUUGUAGUUGAUCCUAUCGAUGGUACGGUCAAUUUCGUGCAUGGAUUUCCCUGCUCCUGUAUUUCUCUUGGAUUCGCUGUUCGCCGUGUACCCAUUGUAGGUGUCGUCUUCAACCCUUUAACACGCACUCUUUAUUCUGCAAUACAAGGCCGUGGGUCAUACUUGAACCGCACCACCAAGCUUCCCUUAAAGGGCGAUGAUAUAGGGCCAUUGAAAGGCCUGGAGAAUUCACUCGUCGGUAUUGAGUGGGGCUCGGAGAGGACAGGUGCCAAUUGGGAAACAAAGGUGCGAACUUUCGAGAAACUCGGCCGAGCAAAGGAAGAUGGCGGUGCAAUGGUCCGUUCGAUGCGCAGCAUGGGUUCUGCGGCGCUGAACCUCUGUGCUGUCGCAGCUGGGACUUUAGACAUAUACUGGGAAGGGGGUUGCUGGGCCUGGGAUGUUUGUGCAGGCUGGGUAAUACUGACCGAAGCAGGUGGUGUCAUGAUAGAUGGAAACCCAGGAACGUGGGAAGCAACUCUCGAUGGAAGAAGAUACCUUGCUGUUAGAGCAUGCUCCGAUGAGAACAGCAGGCUGGAGCUCAUUAAGGAGUUUUGGGGGCAGAUUCAGGGAAGUUUUGAAUAUUGAUACCUGCACUUAGCGGAUCAAAUGAUUCGGUCUACCGUGAGUCAGCUAUGUCUCAGAUCAGUAUCAUCGUUUACGGUGUGCAAAUAUACUGUGCUGUGAAUGAGUAAAAUUACAAUACUAUAUACUAUAUGACGUACAUAUGCAUCUCUACAUGCGCAAGUAUUUGUGUCUUCAGCUGAAUAUAUAUAUAUGGACGCAGCCAGCACUUUCCUCCUCAGCCCCAGCUCUGAUAGGAGACCUAUCAUACGAAUCGAAAAGCAAUCAACACAUAUUGGCGUACAUGUUGAGCAAUCCUUGGCAAGCCUCAAGAUCCCAACAGAAGCAUGAACCCAUGGAACGCGAGAAAUUCAAAAGAAACCAGUAUCGGCUCAUAGAUUCCUUUAUUUUGACCC